AUGUGGUACUUAAGCUUUCGUGUACAUUGUUCAUUUCUCUUCAGCUUAACAAUAUUAAGCCUUUUCUGCCUUGUAACAUUUUAUACAUUUUUAUGGCCAACAACUGAUCUUGAACCACAAGAAAAUAUUUCAAAAUUUCCUAAACCACCUGUUGAUGUAUCAUUUUGGUCAGUUCUUUGUCAAGAAAAUAUUUGUGAUAUAAAAGCAACAAAAACACUCAAGUUAACUAAUCAUGCAUCAUCUAUAACACGUCAACGUAUAGAUGAACUUUAUCAAUUAGUGCAUCGUGCUCAAAAUGAUCAAAUCGAUUUAUCUAAUAUAAAAAAAUCUCAUUAUCUUGAUCCAACAUGGACUUUUGAAAAAUUUAUUGAACAAAAAUCAAAAAAUGAUACUAAUGAUACAAGUGAACAUGAUGAUUCAUCUGAUUCAGACAGUGAGGAACGAAAAAAACCUAAACUUAGUUUUACCAAUGAAGAAAAAACUAUCAAUGAACAUGAUAAAAAACAAUUACGAUAUUUUAUACAUCAUGUAUUAGCUAAAUGGAAACAACAACAUUUAAAUGAUACAAUUAUAAAUUUAGCCGAUCUUAUGCAUGAUACAUUAGCACAAGAUGACCCAGAAAAAUUGAAUACAACAUGGUUUCAGUUCAUGAAAACGGUGAACAAUUUACGUGUCUAUGAUACACAUAGUUCACAAUUUAAAAAUCUUUUCAAAUAUUUGCAAUAUGGUAAAAUAACUAAAGCAAAUGAAAUGUCACAUGGUACUCAAAUUAAAAUUCUUCUUGACUUACCUAAUGGUUUUCAAGGACUAUUAAAACCUUACAGAGUACCGCGUAAUUAUCAAACACCAUCGGAUCAUUUUUAUUUUAGUGAUAUUGAAAGACAUUAUGCUGAGAUAGCAGCAUUUCAUGUAGACAAAAUUCUAGGUUUUAAUCGUGUUCCUCCAGUAAUUGGACGAGUUCUUAAUAUAACUAGUGAUAUUCGUGAAAAAGCAACACAUAAAUUAGCUAGAACAUUUUUUAUUUCACCUGCUAAUAAUACGUGUUUCUAUGGUCAUUGCUCAUAUUAUUGUGAUAUAGAGCAUGCUGUUUGUGGUAAACCAGGUGAUCAAUUAGAAGGUUCUGUUCAAGUACUUUUACCAGAAUCAUCUGAAAUAGUUUGGGAAGAAAUUACUCAUCCAUAUCGUCGAUCAUAUAGGGCAUCACGAAAAGCUAAAUGGGAAUUAAAUGAAAAUUAUUGUUAUGAAUAUAUUAUGAUAGAUGAAUAUUAUCAUAAUCGUUUAUUACUUGAUAUGAUGGAUUUAUCAGCAUUUGAUUUUAUUAUAGGUAAUCUGGAUCGUCAUCAUAUGAUGCGUAUUAGUUCAUUUGGUAACAAUACAGCUUUACUACAUUUGGAUCAUGGCCGAAGUUUUGGUCGAUAUGAUGAUGAUGAUUUAUCAAUUUUAACACCUAUUCGACAUUGUUGUUUUUUUCGUUAUAAAACAUUUGCACGUUUAUAUCGUGUAUAUAAACAAGGUUUUUCAAAAUUAGUUUCAAAUUCAUUAAAAACUCAUGAAGGAUUACAAAUGAUUCUUAUUGAUGAACAUCUUAUUGCUAUUGAUCGACGCUUAGAAAUAAUUUUUGCACACCUUGAAACUUGUAUUAAAACUUAUACAGUGAAAGGAGUUAUGAUUGAUGAUGGUGUUGAUUAG